AUGGAGAUUAGUGGGGAUGUACUUAUACCUCCAUUCCGCUUUUCAGCAGUUGAAAUUGAUGUUUUUCGUGGAGCAUACCCAGUUAAGCUCAACUUUGGGUUUCUUAAAACUCUAAAACUUAAAACAAUGAUAUCAUUAAUUCCAAAUCCAAUUGAUGAAGACCUUGCAGAGUUCUGCAAAAACGAAAAAAUUGAAAAUCACUAUUUUUCCGUUCCUAAAUUCAUCGAUCAAAUCAUUAUGACACCAAAUACAGUAACACAAAUUUUAAAUUUACUUUGCGAUAAAAAUAACCUACCAGCCUACAUACAUUGCCUUAAUGGUGGUCACUCAACUGGUUUAAUUGUAAUGUGUUUAAGAAAAUUACAAAUGUGGAGUCAGAGAGCUAUGUUUGCAGAAUUCAACAGAUUUAUUAAUACUUUUGAAUCAUGUGAAGAAGCUUUUGUCAACAACUAUAAAGCUACGUUCGAAUUAACGUCAAAUAGACCGCAAUGGCUAAUGCAUUUAACUGGAAAGAAAUCUCAUCCUACAUUACGCGUUAUAUUAGCAAAUGAGACAGAAUCAGAUGAUGAAAUAGACGAUGAAGAGGAAGAUGAUUUGAUUAGUUCAACAGACGAAAUCAAGAUUAGAAAUGAGUAA